AUGUUGGAUGAGUUCUUCAGCACCAACCUAGGCGACUUCGGUCUCUCCCGGCUCAUCGACCACGGCAUGAGCUUGCAGACGAUGACCGGCAUGGCGGGCACCCCGGGCUACCUCGACCCGGAGUGCGUCAUCACCGGCAAGGCGUCCACCGAGUCCGACAUGUACAGCUUCGGCGUCACCCUGCUGGAGAUCGUGUGCGGGCGGCGGCCGAUGGCGCCGCCGAGAGACGGUGCCAAGGACGGCCAGGUGUUCCGGUUGCUGGAGUGGGCGUGGGACCUCUAUGGAAGGAGCGCCGCCCUCGACGCCGCUGACGAGCGUCUUGGUGGCGUGUUCGACCAGUGGGAGGUGGAGAGGGUGCUGGCGGUCGGGCUGUGGGCGGCGCACCCUGACCCCAAGAUGAGGCCGGCGAUCAGGCAGGCCGCCGAGGCGCUGCAGUCAAGGAAGUUCAGGAUGCCGGUGCUGCCGCCCAAGAUGCCGGUGGCCGUGUACCUGCAGCCUUUCGCAGCUUCCACCAUGGAGUACAGUGACACCACCACCACUGUUGGGUCGUCGACCAGUCGUACAACAGCGACGCAAUCUUCAAAUACUAGCAUGCCAGCGGCUGUCAGCGAGGAGUUGGUUUGA